CCGCCGCCGCGCCGCCGCCGCGCCCCGCCGCCCGCCGGGCCCCCGGCCGAGCCCGCCAUCCCCAUCCCCGCGGCGCUGCGCGAGCCCGUGCUCCGAGUGGGACAACCUGAGAACAGCCCCCUCCCCGGGCAGUGCCAGCCCGAGACCAGCGCUGCCGUGACUGAGGAGCCGGAACAGCUGCAGUCCUGGGAGCAAGAGUACUUGGUGGGGAACAGCCCCGGGGGCAGCGGCCGGGCCCUUUGCAUGGUGUGUGGGCAGGAGCUCCACACUCCUUCAGCCCGAAGUGCCCGGCGGCACAUCCUUCGCCAGCACCCCCACACCCUGGGCCUGAGCCCAGGGGAGAAGAGCAACAUCCUUGAGGCCUGGAGCGAGGGCGUGGCCUUGCUCGACUCCCUGGAGCCUCCCUCGCCCCCCAGCACAGAGCCUCUUGAGACACCAGCCGAGAUUGUGGUGCUUCUGGACUCUGAGGAAAAGCCCAAAUCACAGUCAACUCGGAACCGGCCACGGGGACUCCGGCCCCUCCAGCCUGCAGCAGCUCCCCCAACCAUCGACGUAGGGACCAAGAAGCUGCGGAACCAGAGAUGUAAGGAGCUAUCAGGGGAAGCCCCUCCUAAGAAGAAGGGGAGGGGGCGAACUUCCACUAAGGCUAAGGCUGUGGCCAGGCCCUUGGUCUCCAGCCCAGUGCUCCUCCCCCUUCCACAUGUCACCUUAGAGCCCUUCUCAGCACCCACCGAAGUCCGGCACUUCACAGACGGCAGCUUCCCCCCAGGCUUCGUCCUCCAGCUCUUCUCCCACAGCCAGCCGAAAGCCUCGGAGGCCAAGGCCUCAUCGAAGGAAGGCGAGCCGGCCGCAGGGGGCCCCGGGCAGCCUCAGAGUCCGUCCCCAGCUCCCUCUGCGGGGCUCCGAGGGACGCUGGACCUGCAGGUGAUCCGUGUGCGCCUGGAGGAACCCCCGGCGGUCAGCCUGCUUCAGGAUUGGUCCAAGCCACCCCAGGGACCCCGGGCGGCAGCAGGAGCCGAUGACCCCCCGGGCUGGCGGGCCGUGCUGGCGGAGUCUGGGGUGGCUGCUCGGGAGCAGUCAGAGGCCAGGCAUGGGGUGUGAGGGCUGCUGCGGGGGAGGGGGGACCUCACUGCACCUCACCCAGACCCUCCCUCCCCAGCAGAAGCAGCUCAUGGAGCCAAGCACUUGAGCAGGGUGGGGGAGUCCACUUCUGCUCCCAUUGGACGCUGCUGAGGGUCUGGGGUCCGGGCCACCCCCGGGGCCGUUGGGCUGCUGCCGUCCUUGCACUAGGGUUCAGUGUUGAUGGAGAGCGAGAGCUCCUUUGACCCACUGUGUUUGCCCUCCCUCGUUCCCGCUUCACCGCUUCCCGCCGGCACAGUGCCUUACAUAGGAGGUGGUCACAAGGGGGGACCCACUGGAGCCCUCUACUACCUCGGGGGAGUCUCCUCUCCCCCCACCUCCUCCGGGCCCUCCUGACAGGGAGUCCAUCACCUCUUUCCCCUCCCCCCUGCAGCCAAGCAGGGGGAGCUCCAGGGUGGGGGAGAAGGAGCUCGGGAGACUCCAAGCUCUGCCCGCUUUUCACCCUGCCUCCCCAGCCCCCUCUUCUCCCGUUCUUUCCCUUUGUACAUACCCCUUUGUU